AUGGAUCUGGAUAUAAUUCUACUGGCGAAUAUCUUCUUUAUAUGCAAUGCAAACGGAGCUAUGUACGAACUGGCCGUGACGGAUGAGGAAAUAUUUAGCAGUUGUCCUGACCCUGAUCCCGGCACACUGGACAUAAAUGGUUUGAUAGAUAGGUCAGAGCUCCAAACUUCCAUGGAUGCUGAUGGAGUGACUAUAAGUGGAAACAAAACGAUGGUGUGGGAUAUCCAACCAGAGGAUCGAGUACAGCUCUCCAUCAAACUUCUUUACUUGGACAGAGGCAUCUGGUCGCCAACGGUAUUCUCAUUGGUUACCAGGGACUUCUGUAAGUCCAUGUACGACAAAAAUCAGAUAUGGUAUAAGUGCUGGACGCAGCAUAUUACAAACGACAACAAGCAUACAUGUAUCAAUGUUCGCGGGAUGAAAUUUACCUUGGAGACCUAUCUGCUAACGUUGCGUGCCGCAGCCACUGGAGCUCUUCGCGAAGGUCGCUACAAAGCCAAAAUAUUGUUUCAAGCUUUUGAUUCAUUUAAUCUUGAGAGACCAACUCGGAUAUGCUUUGAAAUAAUAGGCGACCUUUACCUAGCUAAUAAAGCAUAA